UCUUGAGCAACUAUAUCUACACACAAACUUCUCCAUUUCUUCGCUUUCUUUCUUUGCGAUAGUUUUUUUCAUUGUUUAACAAUAUAACUCUUUAAACACUGGAUUUUGUUGGGCUUCCUGUUUUCUUCUGAGCUUCUAAUAUCAUAUUCUGCAUAAAGAUUCCACCUUUCUCUGUCCAUACAUACAAAUACACACACUACACGCUCAUGUGCGUAUAUGUGUCUUUUCUUUUGACAAUUUUCAGGUUUCUUGAUCUCAGGGGUUGAACACCUUGUUUUUCUUCUAGUGUUCCACGCUUCCUCAAUAGAAAAAUCCCAAAUCCACAGCUUCUUUCGGUUAAAGAUUUCUGGGGAGUCGAAAUUAAGCUUUGGGUGUUGAUUUUCGUUUUAGGAGAUGGAGAAAAACGAGGGAUCAAGAUUCAUCGGCUCGUUACACUCUCGCCCUCUCGUUUUCAAUCUAAGAUGCAUAUUCGACACGAUGUGAACACUUUAUCGCUUCUUAUAAGCCAAGUUGAUAAGUCUAUUCCAAGGGCCGAUGAGUCUGUUUUCGGUCUCUUGUGUCAACCCGUAGUCGUCACUGAUUAAACACUGAAAGAUGUAUUUUGUUGCAUCUAUGUUAGAUUUUUAUUUAAGGUGAUGGUGAUUAACGCUUUCGUUUUCAAUCUAAGAUGCAUAUAUACGACAUGAUGUUAACGCUAUAUUGCCUGAGACAUGCAUAACUCGAGCCUUUUUGUAUCAACAUAUAUGUAAUGAAUUGCUCGGAACUAUAGUUUAUUUGUGCACAAGAUCUUUCAUUCCCUUGUAAAUUUAUGUCUCCAUCACUUAUACUAAAUCAUGUUCUUCCUUGAUAGUACUAUAUAUUUUAUUCCAGAUUUGGUUCACAUUGCUAUUUCUUGCUGUCUUUCAACGACAAUUAAAGACAUCAUUUGAGGGUCAAACAUUGUAUGCUGUAGUAGAAUAUUAUGACUAAUAGUUCUACCUAACUUUUCAAUUUGGUUGUCUAUUCCCACAAUCAUGCUUUUGUUAGUACUAAUUUACAGAACUUUGUCUAGUUUUGUGUCCCCUUUUCUUGAUUUUUUAAAGUUGUUUAUGUAAGAUUCUCACUAUGACUAAUUCUUGUGGCUGAUUUUCUCUCCUUAUUGUUCAUCAUCUUCAUUUUAGACACUUUUGUUGGUUCAGAUGGAUUCAGUGGAACGCUCGCCGAGAAAGGGUAGAUUAGCCCGCGCCAUUGCCAAGGUCUUGCACGUUCGUGCAGUCACGGGUGGAGCUCCAGACGAUGGCGGUAUUCAGAAGGCAAAGUCUCGUGACAAGACAGAGAAAGAUGGUUUCGAGGUUCAGACCUUUAAAGACGAAGACGAGGAGGAGCUUCGCCACGAUGGCCGGAUGGUCCAAGAAGCCUUCCUCUCAAAACUGUUUGCUUCAGUGUCUGCUGUUAAAGCUGCGUACGCGGAGAUGCAGUUCGCGCAAUCCCCUCGCGACGCGGAUGGAAUCCAAGCGGCCGACGAGAUGGUCAUAUCCGAGCUCAAGCACCUGUCUGAGUUGAAGCAGGCUUACUUGAAGAAACAGCUGAACGAGGCGUCUCCAGGAACGACGUUGCUCUUAUCCGAGAUUCGUGAGCAGAGGAGUACGCUGAAAAUGUACGAGAUCACGGCCAGGAAGCUCGACUCUCUGCUCAAGCACCGAGACUCGGAGACCGCCUCUCUGAAAAAGAAGCUCUCCGAAGCUAAUAAGGCUAACAAGCUGCUCGAGACGAGGCUGAGCUCGAGCGGGCGGUUUUUCUUUCCCGAGACGUUCGUAUCGUCCCACCGGCAGGCGUUGAAAUCUAUCGAAGCCUUCGUGCGGCUUCUGAUCACAGAGAUGGUAUCUGCUGGCUGGGAUUUGGAUGCAGCGGCCGAGGCGAUCGAGCCAGCCGCUCGUUUUCGUAACCCUAGCCAUAAGUGUUUUGCGUUCGAGUCCUUCGUGUGCGAAAAAAUGUUCGAUGGAUUCAACCGCCCUAAUUCUCCGUUCGCAGCAUUCUGUCGCGCGAAGUAUUUGAGGCUCGUGCACCCGAAGAUGGAAGCGUCUCUCUUCGGGAGCUUGGACCAGAGGGAUCACAUAACAUCCGGUGGGCUCCCGGAUACGCCCUUCUUCGCAGCAUUCAGCGAGAUGGCGAAGCGCGUGUGGCUCCUGCGUCGCCUGGCUCUAUCCUCCGAGCCGGAGAUCUCUGCCUUCCAAGUGAGGAAGGGGAGCCGGUUCUCGGAGGUUUACAUGGAGAGCCUGAGCGACGACGCCAUGUUGCUUCCGGAGCCUCUCGUGGCUCUGAGCGUCGCGCCGGGGUUCCGGAUUGGCAAGAGUGUUGUUCAGUGCCAAGUUUAUCUGUGCUGAUCUUGAUCUUGAUCUUGGAUGGGGUCUUAGGUUUGGUUUUAGGUUAGGAUUUUUUUUGUUUAAAGGAAUGUGUUUGUAGCUUCCAAUUUUGCUAGUAGGAUGGUAAGUGUAUAUUGUAAUUGUAGGUGAUGUUCGGUUUCCAAGAUAAAAUAAUACUUAGAUACAAUCUAGGAUUGAGUUA